UCGCAAUCAAACCAUGGUUUGUGAGUUCUCUCUGCUAAAGAAAGAUGGCCUUGGCAAUAGCUUCUCAACAUAUUCUAAACUCAUAUUUCCGAAUCAAUCUGCUGUCAUAUUGACCAGACUUUCACCUAGCUAAAGCCUCUAGAUUUUGCUGUAGAGUAGCGUACAAGCACGAUUCAAGAAUGUUAACCUCUCACCACCCGCCACCUAUCCACCGGCUAGGGCAACACCCUUUCCUUUGCUUGACCACCGCUCUCACUUUUCUUUUUUUCUUUCCUACCCUCAAAUGUCAAAUCUGCCCAGUUACAAUCUUCCCUGCCUUGAUAAUAAUAACAUGUUCAUUGCUCUCGACCAUAAAUUCCGGUUCUGAUUCAAUCUGUUUUCCGUCACUCUGUCUCCCUCUCCAAUUCUGCACCGGCUUCCUCCAGAAAUGCAUAACGAUUGAAGGAGUGGCACCGUGAUACCACGGGAAUAGCGAGUAAACAUAGGGGAGAAAUCGAUAA